AUGGCCUCCAAACCAAAUUACUUCAUAAAUAUCCCACCGGUGCCCAAAACAGAGCGACAGCCCCCUGACUACCCGCCACGGCCUGACCUAUAUGGCAAGGUUGCAUUCGGCCCGUACAUCAGUGCCGAUGAUGCAAGACUUGCAUGUCGCGCGUGGUUCAAGCAGGAUCGUUGCCUCGGAAAGGCAUGGAAAUGCCACAAAAAUCGUGGCUUCCCAAUUCAGUUACCUGAUAUAAUACCACAAGAUCAUGAUCCGCGCGUGAUCAAUGGGUUGGCGACCAAUGUCUACGAGCAUUUGAUGAGCGAUCCAUUGUUUCCCGUUACGCGAUGGGAGGAAGAUAACCCAGUUGACCAGACCUUGAGGUUGUCGGAAUUGUUCAAGGAGAUCAGAGAUAAAGUCGCUAUUCGCGACGAGAAUGUUCGCAAUUCGAAGUACUGGACCAAUCCUGUCUUGAACGCCGAGUUGAGGAAGAGAGGGUUACCGGUAGCCAAACCGAUGAAAGAAAAGCUGUCAGCAAAGGAUGCGAGGAAAGAAAACCAGAACUGUCUCAUCAAUGACGAGCUUGCCAGAUGCUACUCCUUUCAGUCACAAAGUGAUCUGUCGCACUGGGGAAUCGAUCGACCGGAGAAGUAUAAGGUAAAUCCCGCCACGGACACGGAUCUGACGCCGCUUGACAUGUACACCUUCGCCAUUCACUUAAGUCCAUACAACCCAACCUACUGGCUCAGCCGGGCAUACUGCCAUUACCAGCAGAAAUUUUUUGAUCUGGCCAUCGGCGAUGCCUAUCGCGCCCAACUUCUCUGCGAGGUGGUCAUGGACGAUCUUGCGAGAAAUAGGCAACUGGGACUCUACUCGCGCAUUUGGCACGCAGUUGAACAACACUUUAUAGCAAUUGCGCAAUAUGGCUUUGACUGGAAGCCAGACAUUAUGACCUACAUGCGCAAGAACGGCAUCACCAACUUCAUUCCAACAGUUCAGAAGGCGGCCAUUCACAUUACGAGUCUCAGCCUCGCGUCGCUGAAUUGCUGGGAUGAUGUCGAUGCACAACACCGACUGUUCCGUUCAACUUUCUCUUCCUCCGAGUCCGAUCGUGACCAGAGAGUAGUUGAGGAGCGGAGACGACUAAUCAAGCCCUCUGCGGAAGCUUGGCAAAAUGAGAAGGCUAAGCAGAACAUUUUCCUCUUUGAAAGACGAUACGGAUCAGUCAAGGGCACCCGCAAAUACCCAUAUGAGGAGGAAAUUGAUCGUGUUGACUCGAAGUUCCUCGAUAUGCUCACUCGCUGUUUCUUCGAAGCGCCUCCACGGACCCCGAAACCCCCAACAUGGAACUGCGAGGUCAAACAAGUGCCUGGCAAUCAAGGCAUAGGAGUUUUCGCCACAGAAAUUAUCAACCCAGGCGAGAUUAUCUUUUGCGAGGAGCCUACUAUCCGAGGUCAUCUGCAUACUCGAGAAAUCAACGGCGAUAAGACACAAAGUUUCAUAGAAAGCGGACCGGGAUGCGAAACCUGUCUGAAGACGGUUGACGAACCCAUCAAAGCUCAAUAUCAAACAAGGAAUAUUCUCGACGGAACACAUGAGUUUUACUGCAAUUGCAUUGUUGGGAGACCAACACGCGGGGACGGGAAGGGGAGUCUCUGGUGGUGUACAGGUGAAUACCCUGCUGACAGGCCACCCAGAGAAAAGGCGUGUUUGGAGAUUGCGCGCGAGCUGUUUCACUUUGGCAGCUGUGGAGAAGACUGGUUGUGGUUGCACGAUGCCAUGCGGCCGAUGGUUAAAGUCCACAAGGAGCCGAAAACAGUGGAACCACCGCCAGGGUCCAAGGAACCGGUAACAGUCAAAGACGAAGAUGUUGACGACAUACUUCAAGUGAACGAGAUCCAUGGGACUAUUCUGAGUCUGCUUCUCAAGAAUGUCUUCGAGAUCACACUGCACAGACGUCAGCAGGGUACGGACCCGCACUUACUUCCCCACGAGAUCGAUGAAUUGCUUGUGCUGGACGGUUGGUCCGAGAACAAUGACUACUGGACCGGUAGCAAUUUCCCGUUCAACUUUGCCGCCAACAUCCAAGUGCCAUUCGACAUUCUCUCCAAGCUGGGAGUGGACAUCUUCCGCGACUUCAGCUUCGACACAUGGGUCAUCCAAAUUGUGCUGCGGAAACUACUCACCAACGUGGUGCCAUGGGAUGGACAGUGGAGAGGUAGGACCGAAAGCAUCCGACCAGUAGACCAGGACAAGCCUCUGAAAGAAUUCAGCGAACAGCAAGCGAUGAAACAAACCCAAAAGUCGUUCACUCGAUGGGACCCGUCUUUCUCCAACCUCUACCUCUUCCCGGGAUUCAGCAUGUUCAACCACUGCUGUGGCAUCAAGCAGGUUGGGGACCCCGCAAAAUACAAUGCCGAUUGGGCAUAUGACAAUGUGGUCCCCAACCGUGUGGUUGUAUGGGCGCAGAAACCUAUCAAGCCAGGCGAAGAGAUCCGUCUCCGGUACAGACAUUCCGCGAUCCGGCCAGACAGUCCCAGCGCGAUACACCUGUUCGGAGGGCCUUGUAAGUGUGAACAGUGUGCAUGUGCUGGAGACGCUCGAGAUAUUGGAGGUUUUAGAGGCGCUGUCGCUACAGGAAAGGACCCAACACCGACAAGGGAAAAGCAAGCGACGGAAGGACAAUCAAAAGAAGGACGAGGCACGUUCCGAAAAAGAAACUGCGAAUGUGACAGACAUGCUGACAAUUCAGAAAACACAGAAAAUGCCGGAACCAAUACGAAAGAAGAAAACCAGCUGGAAUCUCUGAAGCGAAAAAUGACCCAAGCCUUCCUUAUGGUUGAGCAUGAGGAGGAAAAUGAAGCAACGAGGACGUUGAGGGAGGGCAAAGUACGCAAACUCGCUGGAGAGAUUGUGUUUUCUGAUUACCCUUUUUGA